AUGGCAUCCAACCCAUCCCCAACACCACCCCCAGCAUCUUCAGUAAUAUUGGGACGUCCGGAAGAGACCCCUACCGGUCUAGCUACGACAAUGACACAUGUCGUAAGCGUUGGCAAGAAGGCAGAUCGAUUCGACCCUGAGAUAAUUAUGGCAAAUCCCGGUGAUAAAAUCUUCUUCCGAUUCUACCCCACCAACCACUCGAUAGUACGGGGAACUUUUGAACAUCCAUGCAUACCUUACGAGAUGCAGAACCCAAGAGUAGAUAAAAAUGGGGCGAUAUGGUCCGGCUGGGCCCCUGUUCCCAUGAUAAAAUUAGAGGAUGAAAUGCCAUCGUUUACUUGGACAGUACGCACAGCCGAUCAAUUAUUCCUAUAUUGUGGGGCUCCAGGUUCUUGCAAUAAAGCCGGGAUGGUGAUGAUGAUCAACCCAAAUGGGUCCAUUCCAUUUGAGAUAUACCGUCAAGCUGCCCUAGCGGCUCCAUUCGCACUAACGCCAGGCCAAGCAUUCCCACCCGACGAAAACUAUGGUGAAAGAUCAACAACCACAUCGUCUCUAUCAGUUCCGCCUCCAACUAACCCACCGGGUUCACUUGAAUCAAACUCACAAAAUAAGGAUUUAGCCGCUAUUGCUGGUAUCGUGGUUGGCGGAAUCGGCGCAAUGGCAAUUAUAGGACUUAUUAUCGCACUUGUUUUUCGAUACCGAGUGAAUCGCUCCGAUUCGACAGCGUCGAAUCCUCCGCAGCACAAUAGUCACUUACAGCCACGAAUGGGUCUUGCACCAAGCUUCAACUCACCUGGAAAUCCAUACUUUCACGCGAACAGCUCUUUUCCAUACACACCAGAAUUAGCUCCCAGGAGCCCCACUAUACAACCUAAUCGCUAUUCGGGAUAUAUACCCGGUUCAAAUAGAGCUGGGAGAGUACAAAGCCAUGAUACAACUAUGAUCCCUGUUCGGGACGAUGACCGGCCGUAUUUCGAAGGGGUUCACGGUACACAAAGUAGCAUGAGCAGCGGUGGUGCAAGUCCCGUGUCAACAACCGGAACACACACUCAACUACACCGAUCUUCCAACUCAGGAAGCUCGCAUGGAAAUUCAAUAUUCAACGGAGCACACUUCCUUGGCAGAAGAGGCGCAAAUCGAGUUUGGCAACACGGGGAAUAUGGAACAAGGCAUAGGCCCGCUGAAAUGGCGGCUAGUGUACUCGAAGAGGAAAAAUGUGGCAAGGAGGAAGAUGCGAUAGUAGUUGAUGGAAUGGACCCAAGUGAAAGAUAUGGACAAGUUUAUCCUAGGUGA